AUGAUAACGACAAUGUUGACAAUGAUAAGAUACAGCCAUUUGGCAAUAUUCGAAUUGAGUAUUCCCAUCUCUGUCUAUCUGUCUCUUUCUUCAACAGAUUCAGAUGAUCAUCCAAUUGCUAUAUUGAUCGACGAAUUAAAGAAUGAUGAUAUUCAACUCCGAUUAAACUCUAUUCGUAAACUUCAAUCGAUUGCAAAGGCAUUGGGUCCAGAUCGUACCAGAGCAGAAUUAAUUCCAUAUUUACAAGGUAGAACAACAUUGUAUAUUGACUAUUUACUCGUCGAUUUGAAAAAUACAGAUUCAGUAUUGGAAGAUGAAGAUGAGGUAUUGGUAGCCUUGUCAGAAGAAUUGGGAAAGUUGACAGAUUUAGUUGGUGGAGUUGAACACGCUGUUUGUUUGUUACAUCCACUUCAAAUGUUGGCAGGAGCCGAAGAGAUUGUUGUCAGAGAAAAGGCUGUCGACUCUUUAUGUAAAAUAGUACAAGAUCUACCACAAUCUACAUUUGAUGAAUACUUUCUUCCACUCUUAUUCAACCUUUCAAAGGCCGAUUGGUUCACUUCACGUGCCUCUGCAUGUGGUUUGAUGACCGUUUCAUAUCCAAGAGCAUCAGCAGAGAACAAGAAAACUUUAAGAAAAUCAUUUGCCACUCUUUGUCAUGAUGAAACUCCAAUGGUUAGAAGAGCCGCUGCUACCAAUUUGGGUAACUUUGCCAAACAAAUUGAAAAGGAUGUUGUUAAAUCUGAAAUUUUACCAUUGUUUUUAUCAUUGUCUGGUGAUGAACAAGAUUCAGUUCGUCUUUUGGGUGUCGAGAAUUGUGCUAUUAUUGGAUCAAUGUUAACAAAUGAAGAGAAUGGUCAAUUGAUUUUACCAACUUUAAGACAAAGUUCACAAGAUAAGUCUUGGAGAGUUAGAUAUAUGGUUGCUCAUUUAUUCAAAGAGUUAUGUGAUUCAAUGGGACCAGAAAUUACAAAGGCAGAAUUAGUAGGAGCAUUUGUAAAAUUAUUAAAAGACUCUGAAGCCGAAGUCAGAACAGAAGCAUCAUUAAGAGUAACAGAGGUAUGCUCAUUGAUUUCCAAGGAUAUGAGCACCAAGCAAAUCUUGCCUUGCAUCAGAGACCUUGUUUCAGAUUCAUCACAACAUGUACGUGCAGCAUUGGCACAAGUUAUCAUGGGCUUGGCCCCCAUUUUUGGCAAGGAGGACACUUUGACACACUUGAAGGACUUGUUCCUCCAACUGCUCAAGGACGACUUCCCCGACGUCCGUCUCAACAUCAUCUCCAAGUUGGACUCUGUCAACAAGGUCAUUGGCAUUGAAAUGUUGUCACAAUCCCUUUUACCAGCCAUCGUCGAGCUUGCCGAAGACCAACAAUGGCGUGUGCGUCUCGCCGUCAUUGACUAUAUCCCCUUGUUGGCCUCGCAACUCGGAGUCGAGUUCUUUGACGAGAAGUUGGGCAACCUCUGCAUGACCUGGUUGGGCGACCCCGUCUUUUCCAUCCGUGAAGCUGCCACCAACAACCUCCGCAAGUUGACCGAGGUCUUUGGCGUCGAAUGGGCCAAGUCCAACAUCAUCCCCAAGGUUCUCACCCUCCACUCUCAUCCAAACUAUUUAUACCGUAUGACCACCCUCUUUGCCGUCGGCGUCCUCUCGCCAGUCGUCGGAAGUGAUGUCAUUGCCUCGUCCAUGAUCCCAUUGCUCUCCAAGAUGGUGCUCGACAAGGUGCCAAAUAUCCGUUUCAACGUCGCCAAGACCUUCCAAAUCAUUAUUCCUCUUGUCGAUAGCACCGUUGUACAAUCAAGAGUCAAACCUUCACUUCUCAAGCUCAUCGAAGAUCCUGAUAAAGAUGUAAAAUUCUAUGCUAACCAAGCUCUCCAAUUAUGUUAA